CAGAUGUACUUGGCUGUAAAUGAAUUUGACCUGGCCAUCAACAUGUACAAAAAGAGGGAAGAGUACGAGCAGAUGCUGCGGUUGGUAUCUAAAUACCGCAAGGAGCUCUUGAAUGAUACCUACAAGCACAUCGCGGAGCAGUAUGAGAUGAAGGGCAAUCUCAAGAAAGCAGAGCACUACUAUGUUGAGGCGAAGAUGUGGACCAGCGCCAUGUCCAUGUACCGGCAGCUUGAGAAGUGGGAAGAUGCGAAACGUGUCGCCAAGAUGCAUGGCGGCAAGCAGUCCUUUGAGAAAGUCGUCCUGGCACAAGCUCAUGCGACCUUCAAGGAACAUGGAGCCGAGGCUGGGGCACAGCUACUUGCCAAGCACGGCCUCAUCGAGAUUGCCAUCGACUAUGCAGUGGAGCACAGCAACUUCCAACACGCCUUUGAGCUGGCGAAUCACUCGGCCAAGCAUAAGCUUCCAGACAUCCAUCUCAAGAAGGCGUUGGCAUUGGAGGAUGAUGAGCAGUUUAAGCUGGCGGAAGAGGAGUUCAUCAAGGCGAACAAGCCCAAGGAAGCCAUCGACAUGUAUGUGCACGGCCGCGAUUGGGUUUCAGCCAUGCGAGUGGCGGAGGCGUAUGAGCGCGAGAGCGUCAAGGACGUGAUGGUUCACCAUGCGAAGGAUCUCGUCGAUCAAAACAACAUGCAGGUCUGCAAGAAGCACUGCCCUCAGAUGCUGGGCGAUGUCGUGGACUCCUACGGUGAGGGUAGCGCUGCUCCAGGCCGGGCCUUCGUGGCUGGAAGCGGUGCGCCUCAAAGUCUGGACGAGAUCUUGGAUGCUGCCAAGAUUUACGAGGAGACUGGAAACUAUUCACGUGCCAUUGAUGCCUACCUGUCGGUGAACGAGACGGCUUCAGCGGAGCCAGAUCGUCUGGAGGAGGUGUGGGAGAACGCCGUGCGCCUGUCCAUGAAGAAUGCUCCGGAGCGCUACAACGACAUCGUAGCAAUUGUCUCAAAACGGCUGAAGCUCAUCCAGCGAUUCGAGGCUGCGGCAGAGCUCUACGAAAGCAUCGAUGCUUUCCGCGAAGCCGUGAACUGUUACAUUGCUGGUGAGGUGUGGGACAAAGCACGGCAGCUAGCGCAGCAGCACUGCCCAGAUAUGGUCCGCAUUGUGGAGGAUAGGUACAAGUCUGACCUCGUUGGCAAGGGCGAUGGGGAUGAGCUCAUCCGCCGCACGGGAGAUGUCGACAGUGCGUUAGAUAUGUAUGCUCGCAAUGGGGACUGGACAAAGUGCCUGGCGCUGGCUGAGAAGCAUAGCCCCAAAAUGCUGCCCCACUAUCUGGCACACCUGGCUGCUCAGAUGUUGGUCCGCUAUGGGCCGCCGCCAGAGCAGUCGAACUUCCAGCUCUACAAGGCCUCACUACAAGUCUCGCGGGCUGGCGACUCUUCGGGCCCGCCUCUGGUGCGAGAGAUGCUGCUGCGGGUCAUGACGCCUCCUGGCACCCUGGGAGGUGCCAGGUUUCGAGAGAAGGGCAUGGCUCCAGAGCUCGUCGCAAAGAUCAGUGUCGCACUCUGUCGCUACUGUGCAGAGUUCCCCGUGGACAUUGCCUUCUAUGAUGCUGGCAUAGACUGCAAAAAUGCAGGCAUGAUCAACAUGUCCUUCUUUUUCCUCAACCGCUUCCUGGACAUCGCUGAUGCCAUUGAAGAUCCGGACAAUGCAGCAAUUGAUAACACAGACUUCAUGGAGACGGACAUUCCGUCACCUUACGAUCUGGACCUGCCAGAGCAAGCGCAUGUUACCAACGACAAGGUCGAGGAAAUUCGCGACUGUGUCUUGGGAUGGUCCAUGGACCAGAGUGUGCAGCAAAAGAUGGACCUGCGCCAAUGUGACAAGUGUGGGGCGCAGAUCUAUACCGGCUCACUUACAUGCAUGCGCUGUGGCAAUGUCAGUGAGCCGUGUGCGCAGACCUCAGAUACGGGGAGGGUAGGAAUCCAUGUACAGAGCGAGCGUGUUCUCCAGGAACUGCAAGGUUUCCGCUGCGACCGGUGCAGUAUGGCUGAUUCGCCGGGCCCAGAUCCGCAGGAUGAAGGAGAUGAAGUUGAUGAUGGCGACUUCCCUUUCUUGAAGGCGGACCACCCGGCAUACAAGCGGCUCCAGGAAGCCUGGCGGAAGCAGCUGACUGGUCAUAACGACCGGGUCACCCUUCAGCUGCGAGAAAAGCAGGAGGAGCUCAAAAAGCUCGUGAAGCACCGAGAGGACAUAGGUGUCACUCUGUAUGGUGCUCAGCAGCAGCUCGCGAAGCUGCAGCUGCAGCUGGAGCAGCUACAUGACAAGUAUGCAAUGGUCCAGGGGAAGCGCCUCGAGGACGACGAGCAGCUGAAAAACGUCACUGGCGACUGGGAAGGGAAGAAAGUCGAAGUCGAGGAAGCUACGCGAAGGCUAGCGAAAUCGCAGGACGAGCUGAACCAGCUGAACAUCACGGUUCGGCAGGUGCAGGAAUAUAACGAGCAGAUGAAGGCCGAGAUCCAGGUCACCCGAAGGGCGACCUACAAGGCUGAGGAUCACAUCAAGCAGAUCGAGGAGAUGAAGACCAAGCAGGACCUGCUCAUCGACUCGAUGAAUGAAGACAUCAAGCGCCUCACGGAGCGCAAGGCCUUGCUGGACGCCCAAAUUUCGGCACAGCGCCAGGAGACAGAGGCUGCAAUGGCAACGCUCCGGGAAGCGAGUCGUGAGAUGGAAGCCAUCGAGUUUGAGAAGAAGCAGCUCCUGAUGCAGUGGAGGUCCUCCUUGGUCGGCAUGCAGCGUAGAGACGAGGCUCUGCAAAAUGUGCAGAAGGCCUUGGAGGAGCAAAGCGAGGCAGAGCUUGCUAUAGAAAAUGAGAUCCGUGGGCUUCAUUCCUCCAUCCGCACCGAGCAGGAGAGGCACGAGCAGCUCUGUGCACUGAGAGAUCGAAACGAGAAGGAGAUGCAGAACUUGCAGUCUCAAAUGACCAGUCUUAAGCAAGAGCGGGAGAAGCUGAUGGACCAAUACACCACCUUGAACAAGAGCAUGGAUGCGCAUGUCGAAGAGACACAGAAGCUGAAAUCCGCCAUCACCGAGCAGACUAGAUCCAUGGAAGUGCUCGAGCGGAACAUGCAGACCGUGUCCCGCGAGAUUACCUCCAUAGUAGGCAAAAUUGAGGAGGAGCAGAGCGAGCAGACAACGUGCGAGCGUGUCACGGCCAACAGCCACAAGAGGAUGAAGAAGAUUCGAGAGGAGAUUGCUGCCAAAGAGGUGGAGACGCAGAAUCUACUCAACGAAAUCGCGCGCGUGACGGUGGAUAGCUUGAACACCAAAGCUCACAACCAGAUGCUGAAAGACCGGCACAAGCAGCUGAGCGAUGAGCUAGCAGACAGGGAAAAGCUGAUCGAGCAGUAUGAGCAGGAGAUUCGGAAGCGACACCAUCAGAUCGAAAAGAAGCAGCUAUUUGUGGAUCGCCUCAACAGGGAGUAUGAUGAGAAGAGGACGAAGCUGGAAGCAGAGCUUGGAAAUGACGAGGAUGUUGCAGGUCCUCAGGAGGCCAAGUUGAAGCACAUGAGAAAGGCCAUAGCCGAGCUGACGAAGGAAUGUUCUGAAAUGCAGAAGGAUUGGAUCCAGAAGCAAACUCAGCUCUUGUCCAUCUCCAGCGAGACGGAUAAGCUCAAGGCCACGCUGAACGAGAACAAGAACAAGAAGAUGGUACUGGAGCAGAAGAAGCUCAGAAUAGAGGGUCAGCUCUCAAGCCACGAGAAAGAGAUCAAAGAGCUUGAGAACAACAUGAAGCAUCUGCGAUUUGAUAUGGAUCGCAUGAACAGCGCCCUCGUGAAGAAUGAAGCGAGAUCUAGUGACAUUUCCAACACGAACCAGAUGAUGGAGACGGAGUUCGUGCAGAAGCUUAAGGAGAUCGAGACCAGGUGUCUUGACAUGGAGCGGGAUGUGGAGAAGCUGAAGAUGGAGAAAGACCAGAUGAACCAGGACAUCCUAGAAUCUGAGCGUCAGGUUCUCCUCUGGGAGCGCAAGAUUACGCUGGAAAGAGAGAUGCAAGCGGCGUUGGAUCCCAACGUUGGCCAGUCGGACGCCGCGGCCAUGAAGAAGGAGAUUCAUCGCAUGGAGCUGCGCCUCGAACAGCUGAAGCGGCGGCAGGAGCAGACGAUUGUUGAGAUGGAGCGAGCCAUCCAUAAACGCGACGCCAUAGCCUUGAAGCUCGAGCCGAAGGCGCAGAAGACCAAGAAGGCGGCUUCUGCGGCCAACGUCAAGCGGCAACUGCAGUCCCUGCGGAACAACUUGAAGCUGUGUACCCAGGCAAACUCCGAUGCUGAGCAGAAAAUCUCGGAGAGGCAGCGAGAUCUGGCUGAGCUUCAGCAAACCAUCGAGCAGGCGGCCCAGGAGUACGGCAACCUGGAGCGAGCUGGCGAAGCUCUGCGGGCAGAAGUGCAGGUGGGCCACGUCGAGAAGCAGCAGAACCUGGCCAGCAUCCUCCAGUUUCAGAGGACGGCAAAGCGCCUGGAUGAGCUUGCUAUGGGAACAGGCCCACCUCCGCCUGCGAACAUCCAGCAGCAGCACGACGAGCAAGUGCA